UGUCUGAGGGCGGCAGUCGGGGCGACGUGGCAAUGAGGGUGAUCGCGAAAGUCCACAGGCCGGGGGUCACGCCGGAGGAGAUGGUGGUCGGCUACAACGAUUGGUCCGAGAACUACGAGGAGAUGAUGAUCUGGAAAGGCGGGUACCGUGGCCCCGCCAUCACGCUGGAGGAGGCGCUGCGUUGGGUACCCCCGGAGCGGCGAGCUAAGGCCAGGGUGCUGGACGUGGCCGCUGGGACGGGCUGCGUGGGCCGCGAACUCCACCGGGAAGGCUUCAGCCGCUCCCACAGGCACAUAGACGCUGUGGACCCGUCGGAGGGCAUGAUGAAGCAGCGGGAGACUGGCAUCUAUACCAACGACUUCCUGGAGUUUAUCGGCAGCGGACACUCCACCGUGCCCAAAGACACAUACGACCUGGUGGUCACCUCGGGCGGUAUGGGCGAAGGUCACAUCUCACACAGUGGCCUCGACGACGUUGUGCGCGUCGCAAAGAACGGAGGCUUCGUGAUCAUCGUGAUGCGCCAUGAGUUCCUACAGACCGUGCCUUCCUACAAGGACAAGCUGGAGCCUUACAUGGACCAGCUGGAGGCGGACGGGAAGUGGAAGAAGGUGGAGCGGCGCAUCGUCCCAAACUAUUUCUGUGACAAGGAGGGUCUCGUCUUCGUCUUCCGCAUCACUAAGCCUGAGUGAGGAGGAAGAGGAGGGAAGGGAAAGGAGAAAGAUGAAGAGGAGGA